AUGCCGAAGCCGUGUGACGCCUGUCAAAGCGUCACGGCAUUGCUUUACUGCCGAGCUGAUUCCGCCUAUCUCUGCGCCGGCUGUGACGGCAAGAUCCAUGGCGCAAACAAGCUCGCCUCGCGGCACGAGCGCGUCUGGGUGUGCGAGGUCUGCGAAAUGGCGCCAGCGGCUGUAACCUGCAAAGCAGACGCCGCGGCGCUCUGCACAACGUGCGACGCCGACAUUCACAAUGCGAACCCGCUCGCGCAACGCCAUGACCGAAUCCCCGUCGUUCCGUUCUACGAAAGCCCUUCCAUGGUCAAAGUCGCCCACAUCCAAUCCGCUGUAAACGGAAUCGUUCUUCCCGGAUCCGAUCUCCUUCACCCCGGGGAACACGGCCUCAAGGGUCUCGGCCUCCAUUUAUCUGAGCGGAACCAGGAACACCUCGGUCAUAACCAUCCCGAUAAUGAGGAAGCCUGUGACGAGGAUACAGCUGGCGAUACGGCUAGCUGGCUCCUCAACCCGUCGCUCAAUCCCGCUGCCGCCGCCGCCGCCGCAGCAGCCGCUGCCGCUAGUCGGCUCGGCAGCAGCAGCGACCCGCUCUCGUCUCUCCCGUUCUCCAACAUUGGCAUCUACCCUCCAUCCCUCGGUCUCAACCCGACGUCUCUCUUCCCCCACCCGAACGCUCUCUCCCUCGUGAUGAAACCCCCUACGUCUUCCCCUCCGAACCCCACCGCUGCCACCGCCGCCGCCGCAGCCGCUGCCACGAUGAGUGGCGCUCUCCCGCAGUCUCGGCUCAUGAAAGCAGUAGGCGCGGAGGGAGCAGCAGCAGCAGCAGCAGGAGCAGGAGGGGCAGAUCUGUUGUUCGACGUCGACCCAUUCUUGAACCUUGAGACGUUCGCAGCUGCUAGCGCUCACAAUCACAGCCAUGGGCACCAUGCUCUUGCUCAUGGUCAUCAUGCCGCGGCUGGGGGUUUGCCGACAAGUGCGCAGCUGCUGCAGAGCUUGGCUGCCGGAGCUGGAUUAGGUUCGGCAGGGCUUGGUCCGACAGCAUGGUUCCUGUUCAUACGACCGAUGUGCGUCAAUGCUCGCCGUCCGUUUCUAACGCGUCUUCGUUCGACACGCGUGCGCUUCGGGCGCUACCGCUCGCGACUCCGGGGACUUCAGGAAGUUUGUCACCAUCCGCGCUCGAUAGUGGAGUCGUGCCAGACGUUGGGUCGACCUAACUCGCUCGACGGAAGCAUGGCUUUGCCGUUCGAUGCUGCUCCGCAUGGAGCGGUGGGAGCGACGGCUGGUAACAGCCCGAUGGUGGCGAUGGCUCGCGAAGCUCGCGUGAUGCGGUACCGAGAGAAGAGAAAAAACCGAAAGUUUGAGAAGACGAUUCGUUACGCGUCACGAAAGGCUUACGCCGAGAGCCGACCCAGAGUAAAGGGCCGUUUCGCCAAGAGAAUUAACAAUACCGAAGAGGCUUCUACUGUGGAGUUUUCCGGUGCAACCACGCAGUCGAGCUUCGGAAUGGUUGCCGCCUUCUCUUGA